AUGGACUCUUCGGUGCAGCCCCCUCUACCACAGGGUGCAGGUUAUGGCGUUGUCGUGGGUUUCGGGGUGGUCUUUGCAUUGGGUAUGGUCUGGGUAAUGAGAACUAUGAAGAAGUCUUUCCACGAAGACAACCAUUCGACCGAAACCUUCAUGGUCGCAAACCGCAGCGUCGGAACCGGUCUCAUCGCCGCCGCUGUCAUCUCAUCAUGGCUCUACAGUAUCGCCCUUCUCGGCGCUACUCUCCUGACAUACCGGUAUGGUGUGGCUCUGGCGGUCUGGUGGGGAGCCUCUGCCAGCACUAUGGUGACCUUCUUUUCAUUCAUCGCCAUCCAGGUGAAGCGACGAGCGCCUAAUGCCCAUACGCUUCUGGAGCUCAUCAAGGUCCGCUAUGGAACGACGACGCACAUUCUAUGGAUCGUGCUGUGUCUGGUGAACAAUCUCUUUGUCUUCUCCACCAUGUUACUGAGUGCAAGCACGACGGUCAGCUCACUGACAGGUAUGCACGUCAUUGCAAGCACGUUCUUGAUGCCUAUCGGUGUCGCUAUGUAUACUUACCUCGGCGGCCUCAGGGCCACGUUCCUAACCGACUACGUACAUACAUUCGUAAUCAUGAUCAUCUUGGCAUGGUUCACCAUUAGGGUCAUCACUGUGUCAGAGAUCGGUUCCAUUGGUAAUCUGUACGAUGCAGUGAUGACAGUCGAUCGCGAGAACCCAGUAGACGGCAACUAUCAAGGCUCACAUUUGACCAUGAGGAGCACACAAAGUGUUCUCUUUGGAAUCCUCCAUAUAAUAUCAAAUUUUGGAACAAUCACCAUGGAUACCGGGUUUUGGCAGAAGGGAUUUUCGGCCGCACCCGAUGCUGCUGUACCAGGAUAUGUUCUCGGCGGCAUCGCAUCGUUCGCUCCGCCCUACGCCAUAGGAACCAUUGUCGGUCUUGCUGCCAUCGCGCUGGAAAGUACGCCGGCUUUUCCAACGUAUCCUAGAAUGAUGACCGCGGACGAAGUCGACGCCGGCUUGGUUCUGCCGUACGUCGCGCAGGCUGUUGCCGGGAAAGGCGGCGCAGCUGCCAUACUACUCGUCACGUUCAUGGCCUGUACCUCGGUUGCAUCCGCGCAAAUGAUUGCCAUCAGCUCCAUAAUCUCGUUCGACAUAUACGGGACGUAUAUCAACAAGACGGCUACUAACAGGCAACUGAUCAGAUGGUCUCAUAUUGGCGUUAUUUUUACAUCAUUGGCGAUUUCGUCCAUUGCCACCGGUUUCCAUCUGGGCGGCGUGAAUAUGACUUGGCUCUUGUACGCCAUGGGGAACAUUGUCAACCCUGGUGUCUUUCCCACGCUUUUCGCUCUCUUGUGGACAAGGCAAACAAAAGUGGCGGCGACCAUUGCGCCGUUUGCGGGUCUUAUUGGCGGAAUCUCCGUAUGGCUUGGGACGGCUCACAGGCUCUAUGGCGAGGUCACCAUCACUUCCACUGGGGCUACGUUGCCAUGUCUCUACGGGACGAUCGUCGCAUUCGUAGCUCCUAUCCCAGUUUCGGUCCUGGUGUCACUGGUUAGUCCGACGGAGCCGUUUGAUUGGGAUGACUUCAAAAAGAUCCACACGGUCAAGCCUGAUGCCAUUGCAUCGGAGCCGCCGGUCGACCAGCAAGGGCGCGAGCAAGAUCACUGGCUCACCCCCGAGCGCCAGAGCUACAUGAAAAAGAUGAGCCGUUGGGCUGCCUUCUGGACCUGCUUUACCUUUGUCGGUCACGUACUCUUAUGGCCACUUGCCAUGUACGGUAGCAAGAUGGUAUUUUCAAAACCGUUCUUCACCGCAUGGAUCGUGGUUACAUUUAUCUACCUCUGGUUCUCAUUGGUCGUUGGAAACUUCUAUCCGAUUGUAGAUGGGGGAUAUCAGCAAAUCUGGAAUGUGAUCAAGGGAACCCGGAAUGAACGGGAGAAGGCUAUAAAUCCUGUUGAUUCUGAUGAAUCCAAUAAUGGAACCAAGGAGAACAUGAAGGGUGCCGUGUAA